AUGAAGAUCAAGAGGAGCCUAUGGCUUCUCUUUCUUUUGGCUGUGGGGGUCUUUGCUCGACCCGACAGCGCUGAGCUAUCGGCUACAUCAUCACAGUUCGCUGAGCUCCGUAGUGGCCGAGUAGCAGAUUUAUCUGCUGAAUCAGAUAUAACAUCUGACGAUGGUUUAGAGGACUCAGACUCCGAUGAAAGUCGUAUGUUCAACCCGAACGCGUUGGUGGCAUCCCCAGAGCGGCUCGACAAAUGUACCUCUCCGGGUGAUAUGUACUAUGAGAAGAGAGGUGGCAUCUGCAGCGUCUGCGCCUGCUUCGCUUCAUCAUAUGGGCUCAUGUACUCCAAGUGUGUGGCCUGUGACUUGUGCGUAGAUGUUAAAAUACUUCCAACACCAUUAUUCCCACCAGCACCAGUCGUAGACGUAUUACCACAACCACUGCCAGUAAUUCCGAUACCAGCUCCACUGCCACCUCUACCAGUUCCGAUACCGCAGCCACUGCCGCUACCAUGGCCUCGCGUAAGGCCACUGCCUCCAGCACCAGCACCUCAGCCUACACCCCAACCGAUACCACAACCUCCUGGUCCUCCAGCACCAAUACCCACACCUCAGGACCAACUGCUGUAUUGUCCACCCCCAAUGUUUGUUCCUGGACCUCCGCGCCCAUACCCCGUACCAGUACCAGUACCUGGUAAAAACAUAUUAGUGCCAGUGCCAGUACCUGUUCCAGUAACCGUUGAGAAGAGAGUUCCUGUUCCCUAUCCAGUCGACAGACCAUAUCCUGUACCACAACCACCUAAGAUUGUGCCAUAUAAGGUGAUUGAGCAAGUACCAGGACCUGAAGUUAAGGUACCAGUUCCAGUACCGUCUCCCCCGAUACCAGUGCCGUACCCAGUGAAUCACUACAUCCCAGUACCCGGCAAGGACAGACUAGUACCGGUGCCCGUACCCGUGCCAGUCAAAGUACCUGGAGCGACAAAAUUCUACCCAGUGCCCGUCAUCCUCUACGUAGCCCCUGAGUGCAGAAAUCACCAACCCCUGGUACCGUUCUACGACGCAUUUGAGCCGUGUGUAAUCCACGUAUGCAAGGUCGUCUACAACUACGUGUUCAUUGAAACCAGCCGUGUCAAGAACUGCGGUGGAAGCCCAAAAGAAUCGAGUUGGAGUACAGCUGACGCUUCAGCUAAUGCAAUAAACGCAGGUGGAUUACUACAUCCCAGUAGUGCCAGUGCAUCUGCUGAUGCUUUAGCUAUUACUGGAGGUUGGAACGGAAAUAUUUACUCAGGCUCAAACGCGAACGCCAAUGCUGUAGCAAAUACCGGCGCGCUGCUGAGUAGUGGACUAGAUUACUCUAAUGCUAAUGCUCAAGCAAUUGCUAAUGCCGGAUCUGGUUAUGGCGAUGGAUACAGUAUUGCCGACGCUCAAGCAGCAGCCAAUACUGCAUCAGGAUACGGAACUGGAUACAGCCUUGCUGAUGCCCAAGCAGUAGCCAACGCUGCAAAUGGUUACAACGGUGGUUACAGCCUAGCAGACGCUCAAGCUUCUGCUAAUACUGCCAACUAUUUGGGUCUAGGUGCAUCUAACGCUGCCGCCCAAGCCGCUGCCAAUGCCGCUUCUGGAUUAGGAGGAUACGGUGGUUACAGCGAUGCUAAUGCGGCUGCCCAGGCUAUUGCAAAUACUGCCGGCUAUGGCGGCUAUGGAGCAUCCAAUGCCGCAGCUCAAGCUUUGACUUCUUCUGGACUUUUAGGACCUGGCAGUUAUAGUGACGCAAAUGCUGCUGCUCAAGCUAUCACUAACUCUCUUGGCUAUUCUGCAUCCAAUGCUGCAGCUCAAGCCGCCGCAAAUGCCGCAUCUGGACUAGGAGGAUAUGGUGGUUACAGUGACGCUAAUGCUGCUGCCCAGGCUAUAGCAAACACUGCUGGCUAUGGCGGCUAUGGCGCUGCCAAUGCCGCAGCUCAAGCUGCUGCCAAUGCCGCAUCUGGACUAGGAGGAUAUGGCGGUUACAGUGACGCUAAUGCUGCUGCUCAAGCUAUCACUAACUCUUUAGGCUAUUCUGCGUCUAAUGCUGCAGCUGAAGCUGCUGCCAAUGCCGCAUCCGGACUAGGAGGAUAUGGUGGUUUCAGUGACGCUAAUGCUGCUGCCCAGGCUAUAGCAAACACUGCCGGCUAUGGCGGCUAUGGCGCAGCCAAUGCCGCAGCUCAAGCUGCUGCUAAUGCCGCAACUGGUCUAGGAGGAUAUGGCGGUUACAGUGACGCAAAUGCUGCUGCCCAGGCUAUAGCCAACACUGCUGGCUAUGGAGGCUAUGGUGCCUCCAACGCCGCUGCUGAAGCUAUUGCUAAUGCUGCAUCUGGACUAGGAGGAUAUGGCGGUUACAGUGACGCUAAUGCUGCUGCCCAGGCUAUAGCAAACACUGCUGGUUAUGGCGGAUAUGGAGCAUCCAAUGCCGCAGCUCAAGCUGCUGCCAAUGCCGCAUCUGGACUAGGAGGAUAUGGCGGUUACAGUGACGCAAAUGCUGCUGCCCAGGCUAUAGCAAACACUGCCGGCUAUGGCGGCUAUGGUGCCUCCAACGCCGCUGCUGAAGCUAUUGCUAAUGCUGCAUCUGGACUAGGAGGAUAUGGCGGUUACAGUGACGCUAAUGCUGCUGCCCAGGCUAUAGCAAACACUGCUGGUUAUGGCGGAUAUGGAGCAUCCAAUGCCGCAGCUCAAGCUGCUGCCAAUGCCGCGUCUGGACUAGGAGGAUAUGGUGGUUUCAGUGACGCUAAUGCUGCUGCCCAGGCUAUAGCAAACACUGCCGGCUAUGGCGGAUAUGGUGCCUCCAACGCAGCUGCUGAAGCUAUUGCUAAUGCUGCAUCGGGGCUAGGAGGAUAUGGUGGUUACAGUGACGCUAAUGCUGCUGCCCAGGCUAUAGCUAAUACUGCCGGCUAUGGCGGCUAUGGAGCAUCCAAUGCUGCAGCUCAAGCUGCUGCCAAUGCCGCAUCUGGACUAGGAGGAUAUGGCGGUUACAGUGACGCAAAUGCUGCUGCCCAGGCUAUAGCAAACACUGCCGGCUAUGGCGGCUAUGGAGCAUCCAACGCCGCAGCCGAAGCUGCUGCUAAUGCCGCAUCUGGACUCGGAGGAUAUGGCGGAUACAGUGACGCUAAUGCUGCUGCCCAGGCUUUAGCUAACACUGCUGGCUACGGCGGCUACGGUGCCUCCAAUGCCGCUGCUCUGGCUGCUGCUAAUGCUGCAUCUGGAUUAGGAGGAUAUGGCGGAUACAGUGAUGCUAAUGCUGCUGCACAGGCUUUAGCAAACACUGCUGGCUAUGGCGGCUAUGGUGCCUCCAACGCAGCUGCUGAAGCUAUUGCUAAUGCUGCAUCUGGAUUAGGAGGAUAUGGCGGUUACAGCGAUGCUAAUGCUGCAGCAUUAGCCGCAGCUAAUACUGGUGGAUACGUCGGCUUAAGAGACGCUGCUGCUGCAGCUGCAGCUGCUGCUGCGGCUGCAAAUGCUCAUGGUGGUUAUGGAGAUGCUGCUGCUGCCGCCGCUGCCGCUGCUGCUGCUGCUACAGUUGGCGAGCACGGUGGUUAUGGAGACGCUAGUGCUGCUGCCGCUGCUGCUGCUGCCGCUGCUCAGGCUGCUGGUGGUUAUGGCGGUUAUGGAAGUUCCAAUGCUAUCGCUCAGGCACUUGCUAACGCUGGUCUCAUUCGAAGUGGCGAACCAGAUGCUGGUUCUGAAUUAGCAGAUGAUUUAUCAGAAGACCUGGCAGCAUCCAGAAGAAAGCGAAAUGUUGAGCAACGCAAGCUCAGACUCAGAAUGAGAGCCUAA